ACUUACAAGUUGCUGUGGCACAAUAUACAGCCGAUCAAGCCAGGAACACCGGGGCAAACCCCUACUUUUUUUGAUAAGUGCUCUGGGUUCUUUGACAUACCUUACACAACUCACAGGACCUACAACUUUACAUCCCAUCUGAAGGACCAAAUGAAAUAACAAAGAUGACUGAAUCAGAAGUGGCUCUACGGGUCUAUCAAGACAUGGUAGCAAUUGUAGGGUUCUUCGGCAAUAGUUUAGUAUGCUUUGUAAUCUUCAAAGUACGUGCUAUGCGGACUCGCACGAAUGCCUUCAUCUUCCACCAAGCUGUGAUUGAUUUCAUUGGCUGUACAGCGAUCCUCCUGAAAAGUGAGAUUCCGCUGCCUGACUCAAUCCCAAGUGACGCCUUGGGUUGGUUCAUCUGUAAUGCCUGGAACUCCAACUGCUUACUGUUCUUCCUUUACACUCUGUCUACUUUCAACCUGUUAGCGAUGACCAUGGAGCAGUAUUUCGCCAUCGUUCACCCCUUCAAGUACCAGGCAGUACUCGCCGCAUGGCCUCGUCUCAAAGUCGGUGUUGCCAUGGCGGUGUGCUGGCUUUUCCCAUUCUCCCUGGAAUUCAUCCGCAGUCUAUUGUUUUACAAGGAAGAAAACGGACGGUGUAUCGUCAUUCCGAUUGCCGGAUCCAAAACCAUCGGGGUUGUCACUGUAUUCUUGCAAUACGUUUUACCGGUGGCAGUGAUGCUAUUCGCUUACAUCCGUAUCGGUGUGGAGAUGAAGCGGGGAGCGGCCCGUGUUGGCCCAGCACCAGCCCAGCAUCUUCCCAACAGAGCCAACGCACCAGACAUGGCCGAGUCUCUCCUCAAGGCCAGACGGAAGACUUUCAAGCUCCUUGUAGUCGUUUUCGUCACGUUCGUGAUUUGCUGGACACCAAAUGAGACCAUCUUUCUCCUGUUCAAUCUCGGCAUGGACAUUGACUUGACUGAAUGGUUUUAUUCUCUCUCCGUUGCAAUGGUGGCGACUAAUUCCUGCGUCAAUCCCAUCAUAUACGCUUUUAAAUACCGCCAGUUUCGCAAUGGGGUACGCCAGAUCUUUUGCAGCCGAGCAGGACAAGCUAUUGAUGUUAGUGCCUAGGAUAAACUUGAUGUUGAUAUAGGAACUCCUCCAUGGGAUAGCUACAGUAACAACAAACACUAAAAAGCAAGUCCGCUAGCUCUCAUCCUGGGCCCAAUUUCAUGGCUCUGCUUAUCACCGAAUUCCACACUUGCGAUCACC